CGGUAUUGGUUUUUCCAAAACGGUGUGCUUUCAAGGAGUCUAAAUCCCUUUCAAAUCUCGUCUGAUCAUCUCUGAAAACAAGCCUGCUAAAUCCCUUAACGCAAAGCCAUUAGUACGUUCCCGAUCUUUAUCCAGAUCUGUGAGUUUACUUUUGAUUUUUUAAAAUACAAAAUCCAGUGUUGAAGACGAUGAGGGCCAAAACGCAGAGCCAGAGCAAGUUCAUGAAGAUCAUUAAAACACCGAUAAGAGCGCUCGGCAAGGCGAGGGAUCUCUACGUUCGGAGUUUGACGGGGUGUGCGACGAGAUCAAACUAUGGCGCUAAUUACGGCGCGGAAUUGCCAAGGAGUUUUAGCACCAGCGUGGUGAGUUCGGUGAGUGCUAACGACGAUGAGGAUUACAGGGAGCUUGUGAGAGCAGCGUCGGUGAGGGGUCUAGGUCACGAGAAUGAGAUGAAGAUGGUUUUAGAGCAACAGUUAAGACAGGAGGCGGCGUUGAUUGCGGCGGCCGGAUCUAAUGGGAGGUUGCCGAAGAGUUGUAGCGUAGGGAUGGGGAGGAUUGAUGAGGAUAAGGCUUGUGAAUUUGGAGAUGAUGAUAAACUUGUUGUGGAUGGAAAGGAGCCGGUUUAUCCGCGGAGUAGAAGCUACGCAGUGUCGAAGAGAAGCGGCGGCAUGUUUGGAUUGUGAUCGCAUCGGAAAUUGCAGAAAUCG